CUUUGGUUGUUCGCUCUUAGCUGUACAAAGCCCUUCUCUUCUUCGUCUGUAAUUUCAGCAGACAAAUCUCUCUUUUCUCCAUCUCUCUUCCCCUUUCCCUUUCUCCUCCCUCUGCUUUCGCUGUGGAUUAUUGAAUUGCAGAGCGGCUGAGGUGUUUCAAGGGGGUGAAGAAGGAAUCGUGGACUCGCCGAUCUUCGAGUUGAAGUCAGCCAUCCGCACAAGUCUUGACCGGAGAAGAAACUCUCCUCGUCGGCAGUAGUCAGUUAGGCGGUGGGGAGAUGGCGAGUCGAGUUAAAGAGGACGAGAAGAAUGAGAGAAUUAUCAGGGGACUUCUCAAACUUCAGGAGAAUCGGAGAUGCAUCAACUGCAACAGUCUGGGACCGCAAUAUGUUUGCACAAAUUUCUCGACAUUUGUCUGCACUACCUGUAGUGGAAUUCAUCGGGAGUUUACUCACAGAGUGAAAUCAAUAUCAAUGGCUAAAUUUACCCCCCAAGAAGUUGGUGCACUUCAGGAAGGUGGAAACAAGCGUGCAAGAGAAGUUCUUCUGAAAGACUGGGAUCCUCAGCGUAACUCUACACCUGACAGCAGUAAUGUUGAUAGACUUCGGGACUUUAUCAAACACGUGUAUGUUGAUAAAAGGUACACGGGUGAUAAGAACUAUGGCAAACCUCCAAUUAUGAAGACGGAAAUGCUAAUCGUCAUAGUUAAAUCUGUACAGGCUGAUAGAGAGGAUGUAGGGUCCCGGAGUCCACCAUAUGAGGAUGUGUAUGACCGCCGUUCCAAUGAAAGGUCUAGUCCAGGUGGAAGAAGUGAUGACAAAAACUACAGAUAUGGUUAUGACGAGAGGAGAAGCCCUGGAUAUGAUCAAGAAGGUAGACAUUACAGUGAUUACAGGAAAAGUCCUGCUCGACCAGAGAUUAUCAACGAUUGGCGUCGGGAGGAUAGAUUUGGAAAUGGAAGGAAAGGUGAGGACCAUAGAGUAUCUGAUGGAGAUUCAAAACUGAGUGGCAGGUCACCAGAGCGGCCAAAUGAUGUUGGGGGAACUAGUCCCCCGGUUGUACGGCCCGUUCGAGAAAUUUUGGGUGAUAGUGUAGUGCCUCUUCGUAUAAGUGAACCACCUAAAGCUAAUGCAGUAAGGACUGCUGAUGGCUUUGUGGGGACACAGAGAACUGCCUCUUCAAGCAGCCUCAGCUCUACAACUGAGGCCCCUGCGGAAGUAAAAGUAGAACCCGCACCAAGCUUAAUCGAUUUUGAUUCUGAUCCCGCACCCACUGCUGCUGCGGCUGCUCCCCAAGCACAACAGACAACUUCAACUCAACCUGCUGCACCAACUUUAGCUGCCAGCAAUGACAAUAACUGGGCGUCUUUUGAUUUCGCCCCUGCUCCUAAAGCUUCUGAAGCUCCUGCAAAUGCCAGUCCACUGGAUUCUGUUUUGUCUCAGUUGUCAGCUACGCCAUCUGUACCUGGUCCUACCCAAAUUAUUCCGAAUGGUUUUGGUACAAUGCCUGUGACUGGCAAUGGUGGUAAUGCCCCUGUUCCAGAAGCUGGGCAAUGGGCCACCACACAGCAUCAACAACCUUCUUUAACGCCUGCACAGUCCACCUCUCAACAAUAUUCAGCCCCUGGCAAUCAUCUAUGGAAUUCUUCACUACCCCCUAAUGUGCAAGCAGCUCUGAAUACAACUCCUGGCGGCGGAACAAUUCCAGGUCCUGGAUCUUCACAAUCUUCAACAGCUACUGGAAUGAAAGAAUUACCGCAGGAUCUGUUUACCGCAACAUAUCCUUAUUUCCCUACAAUGGUUCCAGGGUGGCAAACAGGUCCACCCCGUGGUAUGAUGUACCCUAUGCAGUAUUCUAAUGUGCCAGCUCCUAUGCAGUAUGCUAAUGUGCCAUCCCCUAUGCAAUAUGCUAAUGUGCCAUCCCCUAUGCAAUAUAAUAGUGCUGCUGCGCUUAUGCCCACAUUCAUCCAGCAACCCUCAAAAUCGUUAAAUCCAUUUGACGCAAAUGAGCCAACACCAGCUCAGGCCCAACCUUUUCCUAAUAUGUCAUCCUUGCAAAGUGCUUUACCAAAUAUGGCGGCACAUUCAGGAAUACAGCGGGCUUCAAGUCUUGAUAACUCCGCACCACCAGCAUGGAUGCCAAACCAGUCAUCACCUUAUCAAUCGGGAUUGCAUCCCCAGUUACAAUCUUACUCAACUACAGCGCCUCCAAGGCCAACUACAUCUCAAGUGCCGAGUCACUCGUCUGGGCAUCUAGGAAUAGCAGGUUUCGGCAGCAGUGAUGGUGGUGCUGCGUUUGGUGCCUUAAAUUUGGACCAACAUCUGGCUGGCGGAUUCUCGGCUCCUGCUACCACAUUGCAGCCGUUCCCUUCUGCAGGAGGCAACCCUUUUGGAUGAAGAGUGAUAAAACUGAAACAGGAAUAAUAUUUCCUUCAGCUUGGUUUCGGAAUUGCAUCAACUUGUUGCUAAUUGCCAAAUUGCUGCUGUGUUAGAAAGUUUCGCCCUUCUUUCCUCGUCGUGAUCCAGGCAAAUUGUGAAGUGCUGGUCUUUCCCUGGGCGAUAGGGCGAACUGUCCAAGGGAAUUAAACCAGCAGCCGAAGUUGAAAUAGGUAAUGGGAAAUUUUAUAGGUCAUCUUUAAUCGUGAUUUAGGGUUUCUCUUUUCAUAAUUCGAUGGUGAUUUUGCAUUGUUGUAAUAUUAUUGUUCAUCACGGGGUGAAAUCACUGAAAUGUGUGCUGCAUUGUUCCCCCGUGGAAACUGUACCAUUUUUCUUGUGUUAUCUUCUUCUUUCACUCAGCCAUUUUCUGUUAAAAUUCUUUGUAGGGGUUGGUUAGGGUUCUAUUUUUCUUUUGUUUUUUUUUUUGUUUUUUUUUUUGCGG